AUGACGGAGAAUGUGGAGGCGCUCAAAGAACUUUAUUUGACCGGUUCAGUAGUUCUUAUGAAAUUGAAAGAGGGACAGCUGCCCAGUGGUGAUCAGCUCUCGCAAUACCAUAUUUCAUGCCAAAACGACGAGGAACGCUUCGCCAUCUUCUUGGCUUUACUGAAACUGAAACUGCUGAUUGGCAAAUCGAUUAUUUUUGUCAAAGAUACGGAUCGUUGCUACAAGUAA